AUGGCCUACCGCCUCAUCACUCAAGUCGUUGUCGUCGGCACACGUGUGCUGGGGCGUGCCUUCGCCGAAGCGUACAGGCAAGCGUCGGCAGCGAGCCAGUACCAACGGGCGCAGGCCAAGCUGAAUGGUGGUGCCUCGGGCCGCGCAAGCGUGUCGACCGGCAUGACGUUGGACGAGGCAUGCAAGAUCUUGAAUGUCAAGCAGGCUGAGGCCGGCAAGUAUGAUAUGGAGGAAGUGGUCGAGCGCUUCAAGCGUUUGUUUGACGCCAACGAUCCGAAGAAGGGCGGUUCCUUCUACCUGCAGAGCAAGAUCCUCCGCGCCCGCGAGCGGAUAGAGGCUGAGAUGAAGCCAUAUCUCGAGCAGCAAAUGAUUGAGAAGGAAGUGAAGGAGGGGUUUAACCCGAAGCUUUAUAAGGAUAAAUAA